AAUUGAGAAAUACAAGAUGCAGACGUUUACUCUCUCCUGUGUUUUCUUUACUUUUCUGCUUAGCAUUUUCAAUUCAAUAAUUCCAUGAAUCCUCAUGGUAUCAGAGCCCAUGGUCGCGAUUUUGUGGCCUUGUGGCUUCUGUGAUUAGCUUAGCUUCCGCGUUUUGAUUCCAGUUUUUCAGUUUUCAGUUUCCCCAACUUCAAUUACCCUAGCUUUGCGUUUUUCCCAAACUCGUUCAUCAACGAUCCCAAACUCAAAAUCUUCGUCUUUGGCGCUAUAAUCUUCUCUUACGGCGUCAGAUUGUCGAUACCCAGCCUUCUCUAAGACCUCUGGGCUUCGAUGUUCGUUCUCCGCGUCGUCACCUGCGCGGCUCGCCUCGUAUGGCUCUGUUCUUUGUUUGCGGGUUUUCUCCUUCAGAUCCCCGAGUAUGACGUCAGGGGAGGACUGUAUCAGUGUGAUGCAGCGAAUCUGUUCUCUGAGACUUGCUUGGAUACAGAUUACAGAAUCAUCCCAAGGUUUUCGGUUGUUAGAGUUUUGAUGUUGAAAGGAUUGAUUAAAGAGGAAAGGUUGAGUUUCACUACUGUUUUUGCGACUCCAGAGAAGUACUUCUUGAAUAGUUCUUUCCAGAUUUCUGGACACAGUACCCCGACUUUCGAUAAGUACCAAGGAAAAGCGCAUAUAUGCACUUCAGCCCAGUUUGUGAGGCUGAUAGUGCCAAUUCCAGAGGCACCACCAUUUGAUGCUUGGACUUUGGAGUAG